AUGGAUAACAGCAAGCCAGUGAAGACGCCUCAAGAUCCCGGCCUGAAGCUAACCAAGAACAUGUGUGAACAAGAAUGCAAGCACGAAGACACCAUGUGCAACGUGCCAUAUCGAAGUGCUGUCGGAGGCAUCAUGUAUCUCAUGGUCGCCACACGUCCGGAUCUAGCUGCUGCAGUGGGAUCAUUAUCCCAGUUCUCGUCCGACCCAUGCCCGACUCACUGGCAAGCUUUGAAGCGUGUGCUGAGAUACCUGCAAGCAACGCCCAAUCAUGGUCUUGAGUUUACACGUGAAGAAGGAAGCCGUAUCUGCGGGUACACCGACGCAGACUGGGCCGGCGACAUUGAGUCAAGACGAAGUACAAGCGGCUAUGUGUUCAUGAUGAGCGGAGGAUGCAUCAGCUGGAAAAGCCAGAAACAACGGACGGUCGCGCUAUCUUCAACAGAAGCAGAAUACAUGGCGCUUUCCGAAGCAACCAAAGAAGCAGUAUGGCUCAAAGUGCUUUUGGGGGAACUUGGUGAGAUGACAAGCGACGAAGCGAUCAAGAUGUAUGAAGACAACCAAGGAUCAAUCGCUCUCGCCAAGAACCCGGAGUUCCAUAAGAGAACAAAACACAUCGACAUACGCUACCAUUUUGUGCGUGAGAAGGUGGAAUCAGGUGAAGUCGUUUUGGAGUAUUGCCCGACUCAAGAUAUGCUGGCAGACAUGAUGACCAAGCCGAUCGCCGCUGUACAAUUUGAAAACAUUCGCGAUCGACUUGGGAUCCAAGGUGCCGCAGCUAACGAGUCGAGAGGGAGUGUUGAAAAGACAGCGGCUGUGAAGAAGACACCUCGUCAAGCUGCGUCAAGUGUUGAAGCAAGUGGAAGACCAAGCUUCGCUAUACCGGUGGGUACCGGUAUGUACCAGUAA